AUGGAUUAAGAAAAUAGAAUAGAAAUCAAAUCUUGGUAAGCAGUUGGAGUUUGGAGAUGGAAUAUAAAAGAUGAUAGAUGUGCAAUUGAUAAAUAGAGUCUAUUUGGAUAAUGUUUGGAAUGUGAAGCAAAUCAAGUUUAAGAGGAAGUAUCAAAAUUUUGAAUAAAUACUUUAGUGUAAAAUAGUAUAAGGAUUAUGUAAUCAUGGAUUCCAUAAACAUUGUAUUGAUAGAUGGUUAAAAUAGAGUAAUACUUGUCCUCUUUGUAAUAAAGAAUGGAGUGAUUCUAAAAUUUUAUGA